CUCGAUUCCUUUGGCCCCUAAUUGUAACUUAUAGAAAUUGUGAGGGGAAAAUUUUGUAAUGUACCGUUCUUUAUUAUGUGCCUGCCCACCGCGUGUUCUUCCUUUCGCUCUCCCUCCACCUCCCCGUCCUCCCUCCAUCUACGUUUCCCAUCAUAAACAUACACAAAAAUAACCCACAAACAGGUGGGUCGAUAAAUGCAGAGAGGGAUUUUGAAUAACUAAACAUCGUUUUGUUUUAAAUUUUGGGUUUUUUAGGUUUAGAAUUUCGAACCAGAUUUGAACUCCACAAAAAUGUCGAUCAUAUCGCAGGAUGUGAUAAAGGAAUUCGAGAAUAUGAUGGAAUCAAUUGAUGAGCCACUCAAGAUUACGUUUGAGAAUUUGCAUCAAGGGUAUCCAACUGAGGCCCUGAUCCGGUUUCUAAAAGCAAGAGAUGCAAAUGUCCCCAGGGCCCACAAAAUGCUUGUUGAUUGUUUAAGUUGGAGGAUUCAAAAUGAGAUUGAUAAUAUAUUGUCGAAACCGAUUGUUCCUGCUGACUUUUAUAGAGGAGUCCGUGAUUCACAGCUUUUAGGAAUGUCAGGUUACACAAAAGAGGGGCGACCUGUUUUUGCUGUUGGUGUAGGGCUCAGCACAUAUGAUAAUGCCUCUAUUCAUUACUAUGUUCAGUCGCAUAUCCAGAUAAAUGAAUACAGAGACCGGAUAUUACUGCCAGCUGCAACGAAAAAGUUUGACCGACAUAUUAGCACAUGUGUGAAGGUUCUGGAUAUGACUGGACUUAAAAUCUCACAACUCAGUCAACUUAAGUUAUUGACAGUUAUAUCUAGCAUUGAUGACUUGAACUACCCAGAAAAGAGUGACGCCUACUAUAUUGUGAAUGCUCCAUACAUAUUUUCAGCUUGCUGGAAGGUUGUGAGGCCUCUUUUGCAAGAAAGAACAAGGAAGAAAGUUCAAGUUCUUUCAGGUUGUGGAAAAGAUGAAUUAUUGAAGAUAAUGGAUUAUGAUUCACUCCCACAUUUUGUUAGAAGAGAAGGAGGGGGAUCAUCUUCAUCGAGAGGUUCAAAAAACAGCAAUGGUACUGAUGACAAUUGCUUCUCAUUGGAUCAUGAGUUCCAUCAGGAGCUUUAUAAUUAUAUUAACAAGCAAGCUGAGGAUGUGGAGCCUCCACGUGUCACAAAACACAGAUCAUUUCAUGUGGACUUCCCUGAACCCAAUCCGGAUGAUUGUAAGAUUGCACAGAGUAUAGAAUCCGAAUUACAAAAGUUCAGUCAGGGGAAUGGAAUUGCUGACCCCACACUAAAUCAAGAUCAUAAGCAAAAGAAAUAAUUAUACUAUUAAUAAAAUUAAAUAUUUAUUCCCUAAAAACCCGUUGAGGGUUUUAAGGAUUACAAAAAAGACAGAAAUGCUGUAACUUUAUAACUUGCUUUCAUGAGGGUAAUAAUCCUUCCUUGUGUCUCUCUCUAUCUCUCUUUCAACUUUAAAAACUUGGUUUUCAAUGUAACUUUUUUUGGAUGAAAGAAACAGAAGGAGAAGAAACGAAUAUUACCUUCUUUUUAUCAACUGUUUGCUUCGUACAUAUAUAAUAUGAUGAUGUUAAAAGAUUAUUUGAAAAGAAUGGUAACACUGACAGAUGAAAGGAAAAGAUGAAUUAGGAUAAAUAUGUAACAAG